GUCGGAAGAUUUUUUUGCGGGACGGGGAGCAGGAGCUUAUCAUCAUCAUCGGAACUCCGCAGCUGAGGGGACGCCUUCCCUUCUCAUGGCUUCCAUCUGCAACCCCUCGCUCUCUUCCCUUCCGAAGCUCGAGAGCUCGCUGAACCCUAGCAGACCGCUUCCCCGAUCCAAUCGCGUGCUGAAGCCGAGGCAUCGGCAUCGCUCCGUUCCCUCAAUCCCGGCCCCGAGAUGCCGCGCCGCGGAGCACAGCUCGGUCCCGCGGGAGGGAUCGAUGAGCGUCGACAAUCUCCGCCGCUUCGUCGACCUGAACGCGGGCAAGUGGAACGGCUCUUUCCACCAAUUCGAUGCCCGCGGGAAUCUGUUGCAUAAGAUAAGUACGAAGCUUGCUGCGAGCUCUUAUGGAGAGGACGAGCUCAUCAGUCUUAUCCAGACGCUUUACAUAAAACAAGCUCAAUCGAGCACUUCGAUUUCUGAACACGAUGAAGAACCUGAAUGGGCAGAGUAUAAGAUAAAAGAAACCAACAUGUUCACCGUCGACAAGUAUCAACAGUUAGGAUUUUUCCCAGAUGAGAGGGCGUUUUCUUUGAGGUACCAGACAGCAGGCAUGCUCGAAACUGUAUUAAGGCAAGGAGUUCUAGGGGAAGAUGACACUGGCGAAGAAUCUCCAAAAAAUCUCAAGCUUCCAUCUCGCCGACCUUCUAUUGUGUGCGAGAAUUGUCUAUACUCACAACAAGCAGAUACACGAGCAAGAGCAUUCCACAUCAUGGACCCAAAGGGUGUCAUUGAAAUGCUUCUCGUAUUUCUUGAAGAAAGAGGCAAUGGGUUGUCUGUACCUCCUUCGCUUGAGAACUCUGAAGGAAGCACAAACAGGAUAAUGCCAUUUCUCGGAAACUGGAAGGGGCGUUCUGUAACAAAGCGUAGUGGUGUUUAUGGAGCAACUCUUGCUGAAGCUGAUUUGGUUUCGUUACUUCAAAUGGAUGAGAGGGGGCAGUUAGUUCAGGAGACUACUAGAACAUCCAGUAGCGGCAAAGUCACCACCAACGUGCAUUGGACUGGCACAAUGUCGGACAAUUUGAUCACAUUUGACGGUGGGUAUCAGAUGACGCUGCUGCCCGGAGGCAUGUACAUGGGCUGCCCAUCUAACGUGGCGAAGAGCGUGGCCGAGUCCAAGUCAUUCCAUCUGGAGUUCUGCUGGCUCGAGGCACCCGGAAGGCGACAGAGGCUUGUUCGCACAUACGAUGUGGAGGGCUUGGCCGUCUCGUCAACAUACUUCCUGGAAACCAAGUCUUGAGGUUGAGAAAAAAGGAUUGGUUCCCGGUCAAUUGUAAAAACUAGACGUGCUCACUUAUACCGAUUGAGCCGUGCAAAAUGAGUAUUUCUUGUUCGACCAAAACUCGGAAGCAAGAAUUUUGUCGUAGCUGCGUGUAUAAAUAAUGUCCAAUGAGAUGGAAGGCAAGUUCAUAUCUUUGCCGUCA